AUGCCUCGCCUGUUUUUGUUCCACCUGCUAGGAGUCUGUUUACUAUUGAACCAAUUUUCUAGAGCAGUCGCGGACUCAUGGAUGGACGACGUUAUUAAAUUAUGCGGCCGUGAAUUAGUUCGCGCGCAGAUUGCCAUUUGCGGCAUGAGCACCUUGGGCAAAAGGUCUCUGAGCCAGGAAGAUGCUUCUCUGAAACCUAGACCAGUGGCAGAAAUUGUGCCAUCCUUCAUCAACAAAGAUACAGAAACCAUAAAUAUGAUGUCAGAAUUUGUUGCUAAUUUGCCAAAGGAGCUGAAGUUAACCCAGUCUGAGAUGCAGCCAGCAUUACCACAGCUACAACAACAUGUACCUGUAUUAAAAGAUUCCAAUCUUAGCUUUGAAGAAUUUAAGAAAAUUAUUCGCAAUAGACAAAGUGAAGCCGCAGACAGCAGUCCUUCAGAACUAAAAUACUUAGGCUUGGAUACUCAUUCUCGAAAAAAGAGACAACUCUACAGUGCAUUGUCUAACAAAUGUUGCCAUGUUGGUUGUACCAAAAGAUCCCUUGCUACCUUUUGCUGAGAUGAAGCUAAUUGUGCCCAUCUCAUCUAAUAUUCACACAUAGUCUUGAUGACAGUUUCACUGAUGCUUCUGUCAGGUCCCACCAAUUCUUAGAAUAUCUAAGAAACCUUUGUUGAUGUUUAGAUUUUUUUAUUUGGUGUGUAAGAAAAUGUUCUUUGUAUGAUUAAAUGACACUUUUUAUGCUG